AUGGACUAUUCCGAGGCUGCCAGAUCAUGCUUAAGCAGGAAGGAUUAUUCGGGAUACUUGGAAAAUGCCAAGAAGCAGUACGAGCUCACAGGAUCCCCCGAGGACAAGAGAGAGAUGGAGAAGGCAACAAGGACUCUUUCUCUCCACAAGGAUAUCGAGGCAUUUCUUAAGAAAAAGUCCGAGGACUACUAUGACAUUCUGGGAGUGCCCAAGAAUGCUACCCAGGCAGAAAUAAAAAGAGCCUUCAACACUUUAAUCAUGAAGUUUCAUCCCGAUAAGACUGGCAUGGAUGAGUCUAGUGCUGUUUCCGGAAUCAUCCAGAAUGCAUACUCAACACUUGGAAAUCCAGAAAAGAGAAGGAAAUAUGACAUGGCCAGAGAGGCUCCCACAUUCAGAGCCAGCCCCAGAUUCUCUACUCCCGAAGACGUCAUGCCAAAUGUCUUCUUCAAUGCAUUCCACUCCCAAGGAUAUCAAGAGUCCUUUGUUUACUCUAACGAUUUUUACGAAUAUUUAUAUUCCCAAAUGUACAGGAGAUUCGAUCAUCGGAGGAGACCACCUACUGCAAACGAUCCUGACACACAGAAAAUACUUACCUUUCUGGUAAUAAUCAUGCUGGUGCUCAUGGCAAUGUAA